CAUGUUGAGUGUGUCUUAUGCACCGCAACGGUUUUUUAUUUGGCAAUGGCGGGAGUCAUGAGCUCAAACGUACAGAAUGGCUUAUAUAAAUAUAGCGCAGCAGCAAAAAUAGCCUGACGUGAACUCCUUAGAGAGAUCAGACAAAGCCUCGUGCUGAGUGUUGUUGACCCGCUGCUAUUAUUGCGCUCUUGUAACCUGGCGUGGUCAGGUUCGUGCGCUCUGCAUACCGAUCGGCGUAUGUCAUCAAAGUACCGCGAUAGUGAUUCGAGAGCUCAUUUUCUGACUAGUUCUCACUUUACUUUGAUGUCAUAGUGCCGGUGGUCUCCUCUGCACCACAUAAAGUCGAAUAUGCCUAGAGUCCAGUUAGCUGUAACGUGAGAACGAGGACAGCCAGUAAACAGCCCGACUCUUGUCUGACUCGGUAUCGAAGCGCCCUCUGCAUGGCAUUUCUAGCAGAUUUCUGAGGAAGUCUGAAAAGCUGCUUGUAUGCAGGGCAUGACGACUCAUUUUAAAGCGAGCAAACCUUUAAAGCUAAAGAAGGAGGCGGGUGAGAAUGCUCCGGCACUCAGCGAUGACGAGCUGGUGGCCAUGUCGGUACGGGAGCUCAACCAGCACCUGCGCGGGUUGACCAAGGAAGACGUGGUCCGACUGAAACAGCGCCGCCGCACGCUCAAGAACCGCGGCUACGCCGCCAGCUGCCGCAUCAAACGCGUCACGCAGAAGGAAGAGCUCGAACGGCAAAAAAUAGAGCUGCAACACGAAGUGGACAAGCUGGCCCGUGAAAAUGCCAGCAUGCGCCUAGAGCUCGAAGCGCUCCGUGCGAAGUACGAGGCCCUGCAAUGCUUUGCCAGGACUGUCACCCGAGGGCCUCCUGGUAAGGUGGCCACCACAAGCGUCAUCACUAUCGUUAAAUCUGCCAAUCACAGCCCCAGCUCCGCCCCCUUCUCGGCACAUUCGUAGUGAUGAUUGACGGUGCCCACAUCACAUCCGGCUUUGGACCUAGACUGGCUCCUGACCUACACUGAGGGGCAGUUUAGUGAUCAGACAAAAGGGAGGGUGAAGGACUACAACAGGCUGCAUCCAUUUUUUUCUAUUUCUCACUCAAAAAAAAAAAAACACCCAUCCAAAACCUUAUCUAUAUUGUCUGUGCACUGUGCUAUAAACUCCCGGCACCGGCAGGGCACACCGUCCGUUUUGUCCGCUUCACCUUAGGCUGAGACUUAGCAGAGAUGAGCACUUGUUAAAGUGUGACAUAGUACUUGAUUUAACCUGCCACGGCAGCACUUGUUUCGACAGUUUGGGUGCUUGUGGCAUAUUGUAUGUAUAUCAGAAACUGGAUAACAAUAUAUUGUAUCAUUAUAGCACAGGAACAUUGUAAUAUUGCUAAUGAUAAGUCCCGAAUUAAGUCAUGAUUUCAUCAAGUUAGUUGUUACUAUAAAAUUACAUCAGAGCAGUAAAAUGCAUCCUGGUCUAAAACUAGAACCAAGGUUCAGAAUGGUGAUACAUGUGCAUCAAGAAGCGUUGUAUGUUUUUUGAUAAAUAGAAGGAAAUUAACCAUCGGAAAAUGAGACAAUCCUGUCUUAGUGAGCAGUUCAUAGGAUUUUCAAAUAGGAAAAAGGCACUUAUUUUACUGUUGAAAUACAGUAAUACUAUGAAGCACUUGCAAAGCAGACUGACGUCGUAUGUAAAUAUUCUAGACGGAAAACGCAAAGUGAUCGAGUUUUGAGGGCACUUGAUAGUGUUUUUUAUAUUUUUUACGAGAGGUUGAUGAUAACGUCCGUUAUCUCAAAGAUAUACCGUUUUUUCUGACCUGUCUCUAUACGACACCAUAAAAUGGUAGGUAAUCCAUAUUGGAUAUAGCGAUAACAGGAGCUGUCUUGGCCAAUAAAUGCAGUUCAAUUAUAACCUGUAUAUUACAGAACUGAGAAAAUAACGUCAGAUUUAAGCUCCCGAAAAUUCCGUCCAAUCAGAAAGCAUUCCUACUGCUAAGUCACUCAAGGUGCCACUGCCGGUGUUGGUAACCCUGACUAAAUGUAUUUAUAAUUGCAAAUAUGUUGACACAGACUCUUGGGUAAGAACAAUCCUGAUGCCUUUUAUAUCUCCAUUUAAACAGUGCAUCAAUUCCAAAAAUGUUUCACUAAACUGAUCUGUCAUAAGAAUUAAGAUGUCUAAAAUCAGGAUUGUGUCUUGCGUAAGUGGCUAUGACUGUUCCACCACAGCAGAAAACAAACAAA